AUGUCUGAUUCGGAUGCCAAAUCAGAUAAUCAGAAAGAAGAGAAUGAAUCUGAUGGUGUAGAUAACGCCUCUGAUGGGGAUAAAGGUGUUACAAAACCCGAAGAUGACACCACCGCGUUUGUUGACACCAAUGAAAUUAAAUCUCUGGGCAUGCCUACUCAUCAUCCGCCGAAAACUUGGGACUCCCAAUUGCUGUUCAAUUAUUUCGACACGAGGGAAGGUAAACCUUCACUUGGAAAGCACACAUAA